GUCUGCUUCUAUAAUAUUUUGUAUAACUCGCAUUGAACCAGAUUGGCUCGAUCUUGCAUCUUUCUGUCGCACGUAGUAUUCCUGGACGGAGAUAUACAGCGAUCUAUUCCAUCUGCUACGUCUUACGGCUUGAUUCGUAUACUCCGCAGUCGAACGAGCCAUGCUUGAAUCAUUCCAGACGACCUUCGCAGUCCCCAUGACCUGCGAAGGUUGUGCGAAAGACAUUUCCAAAUCCCUCUCCAAGGUCGAAGGAAUCCACAAGGUCGAAGCCAAUGUGAAGGAUCAGAUUGUCCUCAUUGAAGGCACGGCACCGCCCAGCUCGAUCGUUGCCGCUAUCCAGUCGACAGGUCGCGAUGCUAUUCUCCGCGGCAGCGGCACAACGAACACCUCCGCCGUCUGUAUACUCGAGACCCAUUCAAAAGCAAUUUCCAAUAAGAUCCGCGGCUUGGUACGCAUGGUCCAGGUGGGAUCCAAUAUGACCAUGGUCGACCUAACGGUCAAUGGAGUUUCACCGGGACGGUACUGGGCCACUGUUCGACAGACAGGGGAUAUAUCAGAAGGCGCAAGAUCAACGGGCGGCAUCUGGGAGGCGGUUAAAGCGAAGGUUCUCGGCGGUGUGGACACAAAGGCCACGGAACCGCGAGGAGUCUUUGGUUCUGUCGAUGUCAAUGAGAAAGGCCAAGGAAAUGUCUUCCUGGACCGGCCGGUAGCGGUCUGGGAGUUAAUUGGGCGCAGUAUGGUCCUCUCCAAAACCAAGGAGGGCCCGUUCAAGCCGGAAGACCCCGAUACACUGGUCGGGGUGAUUGCGAGGAGCGCAGGCGUGUGGGAUAAUGACAAGACAGUGUGUUCAUGCUCGGGCAAGAAUGUGUGGCAGGAGCGUGCGGAACUGGUCAACCAGGGUAUGGUCUAGGAUUAUCACUAGGUAUCUUGAUAGAGGCGAGACGAGAGCCUGUUCGUGCGCAUCUACGCUGUAUACUGUUGUGCCUAAUUAGAGAGCUUGCUGUCCCUGCCCAACCACUUGUGCCAUUGUAUCUGAAUUACAUCCGACCCGUCACCAUACGGCGCUGUGAUUGGUAUGGAAGCAAGAGGUGGCUUGCAGCAGAC